UCCAAAGUGCCUCCCCCGAACAAAAAUCUAGUAUGCGGCUUUCACUGACUGUGACAUAGGAAUGUCCUUUCUUACCUUCUUGGAUGCUCAUAGUAUCUACUUAAAUGAGCGUUUAGGCUGUUAGUUGUAUUGCCGAUGAGCUGUAGAUAAAGUCGCGGAAACCGCUGUGGCGUCAGUACAAAGCCCCCACAGGCAGUGUCUGUUAUGAUGUGAGAUGACAGAUCAGGGUAAUAAGACACUGGAGCAGUGUGGAGUACAAGCCCAUCUUUGGAUGACCAAAAAUAGUUCAUCAGCAAGCCCUGACCUGGCUGAUCUCAGAACAGAGAGGAAACCUUGUUCAAGGUGAAUGUGAGAGAGCUUUGCAGAGCUGUGGCCUUAAGGCUUUUUUAUUUUUGAGAUGUCGGUCAGACAAGCAGAGGGGAUGUCUAUCGUCCAGGCUUUGGCCAUGACUGUAGCAGAGAUACCAGUGUUUCUCUAUUCCACAUUUGGGCAGUCCAUAUUUUCUCAGCUAAAGCUUACCCCGAGCUUGAAGAAGGUGUUGUUUGCCACAGCACUGGGCAGUGUUGCUCUGGCUCUUACCGCCCAUCAGCUGAAACGACGGGGGAGAAAAAGGAAGCAGGCAGCACAAGCCAAGGAGGGCCAGAAGGUGGUGGGAAUGCCCGAGGCACUGAUGAAGAGAGGCAGACCUUCCUCAUUAAAGAGAGGGCCGUUCACUGGUCGACAGAUGAUGAGCCCCAGCACUCGUAGCAAUGACACCAUGAGUGGAAUCUCUUCCUUGGCUCCCAGUAAACACUCGAGUUCCUCACACAGCCUGACAUCUAUGCGGGUCCCAAGUUCCCCAAAUCAGUCUGUCAAUCCAUCCACUCCCUGGGAGGCAGAGGCUGUAAUGGAAGAGUCAGGGGCAGUAGAGGAUGCUAAUGCUGAGAAUCUGUAUUUAAUGGGAAUGGAACUGUUUGAGGAGGCUCUGCGAAAGUGGGAACAGGCCCUGAACAUUCGCCAUCAUACCCCCUCGACCUCUAGCAACAACAGCCUCGCUCUGCAAGGAGCAAUGAGUGGAGACUUCCCCAUGGUUGAAGCUCGUAAUAAAGUGUUUGCUGAGAAGUUGGAGACACUACUGCACAGGGCGUACCACCUACAGGAGGAUUUUGGCAGCAGUAUCCCAACAGACAGUGUGCUUGCAGACUUUGAGAGUGAAGGAACUCUUAUCUUGCCACAAGUGGACAGUUUCCACAGACUGCAAGACGAUGAUGCAGCUACUGUUACCUCUGAUGACUCCUUCUUCUCGGCUGCAGAGCUGUUUGAUGCCAUGACUCUAGACGACGUCUACCACCCACUUAAGCCAGCUGCUCUCUAUGAAGAAGCCUUAUCUCUGGUCCAGGAGGGCAAGGUCACCUGCAGAUCCCUUAGGACUGAAUUACUUGAAUGUUACGGUGAUCAAGACUUCCUGGCCAAGCUUCACUGUGUGAGACAAGCUUUCCAGGUUCUGUUGUUAGAUGAAACUCACCGCACAUUUUUCAUGGAGAUCGGGAAGCAAAUGAUUGCAGGGUUAAUGGUAAAGGCAGACAAGAGUCCAAAAGCCUUCCUAGAAAGCUAUGAGGAUAUGCUGCUUUAUACACAAAGAGAGGAAACAUGGCCAGUCACUAAGAUGGAGCUGGAGGGCCGAGGGGUGGUGUGCAUGAACUUUUUCGACAUAGUGUUGGACUUCAUUCUGAUGGAUGCCUUUGAUGACCUGGAGAACCCUCCCUCCUCUGUGGUAGCUGUGUUGAGGAACCGCUGGCUCUCUGACAGCUUCAAAGAGACAGCUCUGGCAACUGCUUGCUGGUCAGUCCUAAAAGCCAAACGGCGUCUUCUUAUGGUUCCUGAUGGGUUUAUCUCCCACUUCUAUUCUAUAUCAGAACAUGUGAGCCCUGUUCUGGCUUUUGGGUUUUUGGGAGCCAGGCAACAAUUAAGUGAAGUGUGUACUGUCUUCAAGCAACAAAUCGUGCAGUACCUUAAGGAUAUGUUUGACCACGACAAAGUCCGCUUCACCUCUUCCCAGUGCUUGGCUGAGGACAUCCUGCAGCUUUCCCACCGCAGAAGUGACAUUUUACUUGGAUAUCUGGGAAUCAAUAGCCUUCUGGAGCUCAAUGGUGCCCUUCCCAGAGACACAGAGGGUCCUUCAGAGCCCAGCAACAACGACUAAGGUCGCCAAGGGCCUCUUGGGGCUUGUAGAGACUGAAAGCAAUGCCACUGGACUGAAUCAUGCUCCUGAUGCCGAACCAGCAGUAAUCAUUGACUCAUCUGUGUUCAUCAAACACAACUACUAUCAGAGGAUAUGUUUUCACCAGACCUACAGGAUUACUGGUAUUAAUCACAGAGACCGGUUGGAUCUGUGUUGCCUGUUGAGAAUGGCAGCUGUAGCCAAUGCAAUCUUAGACGUGUGAGGACUUGUUGGGUGACAUGGAUACUUCUUAAAAACACACCUGACAGAAGCAAUCCCAACAGAAAGACUGGACCUUCUACAUUAUUACUCCACAUGGAGUGAGUGAGUCUCUUCAGAAAACCAGUGGGUACAUUAUAGCCUUUCAUUCAUCACCUCUUGAACUUGGUGGGAUACUCUUCAUGAUUAUGUGAAAAGAAAUGGUGCAUCAGUCUGUCAAUAUUGUGUAUGUGCAGAUUUUAAUUUAAAGUGGGGGUGGAUAUUUGUUAAACCAUGACAGUAACUGAAACUUGUUCUAUGUGAUAAAGGGCAUAAUGGAUUCAUCUCAGCACUCACUGUGCUCACAGUAAAUCCUCUUUAAACUGGGGACUUAUCUAUUCUAGUUUGGUUUUAUGUUACAAAUUAAAGAGGCCAUGCUAAAUGCAAAAAGAUGUAAAAUUAUGUUAAUCAUAUAGAGGUUCAGUCAUUCCUAAGCUUCAGUCUGAGUCCAGACCACAGUUUCUUCACAAAGUGGACAUAACAGGGAUCCAGCUAAGAGGAAAAUAGUUGUUUUGUUUUGUGAGGUUUUUACUUUGUCUACAUCACAGUGAUCCCUCAGAUUUUAUCCGGCAAUUAACAUAAACUUUAAAUGGAACAGAGGCACAAAAAAAUACCACAGACACUAUGUGAAUACCUUCAUAGAGAGUUAUUGCCAGUUUUGAAGGUGUAACCAAAAAUACAUCACUGCUCUUAGGAAGUAAGAAGUAACUUGAAAUCAAUAUUAGCUGAUGCGUAUUUCAUACUCUCACAGUUAAUUAGUUGGGAUACUUGAAUUGUUUGUAUACAUUUGGGCCUAAGUUGUAAAAUUGCCAAGUAUAAUUCACUGGAUACGAAGUAGUUUGGGGCAAAAUGUUGCACAGACAAGUUACAUGAAGUUGUGUUUUCAGUGUAUAAUGUUGUAUGGCUGUUCUAAACUUCAAGGAUACAGACUGUGGAUGAGGAAAAGGUUUCAAAAACAUCUGCUGUUUUCACUUAGUAGGUCUUUUUCACAGCAGACAUUUUGACUUGUCAUAGCAGGAAAAGCACAGCUGUUGUUGAUUUAUUAACAAUGACUGUUCUAUUCGGUUGUCCUACUUCCUAUCCAUCUACUUUACUAUAUUUCAAAGGGAAAUAUUGUACUUUUCCUCCACUGCAUUUAUUUGGCAGCUACAAUUUUGCAGUGUGAGUUUUUCAUACAAAACGCGAUCUUCUUACAAAAUAUAUUACACUUUUCAGUGCACAAAAUUUCCUCAAGCCAUUUUAGUCUGCAUUUGAAUCCUUAGUCUUUUCUUUUAUUACAAGUGAAAACAUCCAACAGUGCAAUAUCAAUAUUCCAACCUGUUUUCAAUGCAGUCUCAAGUAUUUCUAAAACACUUAUAUUUUCAUCAUUUCUUAGCAGCAACCUUCCUCUUUCUGUCUUGUUUCCAGCUGGAGACUCGCCUUUUGUUCAGAAAUGCCUUCAUGAGAGUGGGGGGGGGGUUUGCAACUGUAGUUAAAAUUUGCUUUGCUCUACCAACUCUAACGGUAAAAAGCUACUUGCACAUUAAUGCAGUAGUGAUAAUCCUAUGUGAGCCAGUAUACACAGUACAAGGACCCUAGAGCAGAAUUCCAUGGUCAUUCAUUUUAUUAUUUACACCUGUGCUUUUAAUACUGUGAAGGUUUAAGAAAGUGCACACCGUCGCCUAACAUGUUCAGAAACAAAUUUUAUUAGAAACACACACGGAUAGUUUUCAUCACCGUACACGUCCUGUAUGUCAGCUUCUUCUCGUAACAUUUUAAAAAUUGGCAUGGCCACUCAAUGGAAUGGUGCCAUCUACUGUAGUUGUCUUAACUAGGAUAUCGUUUGUU